GAAUGCGAAGGGGUGGGCGAAGGGCAACGACGGACAGAUGUAAGGUAUCAUUUUCUGCAGUUCACCAGGCGCAGGGCCAGAAGACAGCCUUCAGGCCAGUUUACAUACGUUUGGCAUGGUGGAAGAGGCUGCUGCUGACGUGUGUGCGGACCUGAUUGAGAGGCCCAUGGCGCCGACCGGCCCCGCCGGGUACGACACGGCGCUGCUGCGUGCCGAGUACAGCAACACCGCCGCCAUCAGCAGCAUCGCGGCGCCGUACGUGCUGCUGCUGCUGGACGGGCACGGCAUCAACACCUGCAACAGCGAGCUGACUGCUAGCGGCAGUAGCAACCUCAACACCACCAACACCGCGGCCGCCGCCACCAGCAGUAGCAGCAGCUCCACCGGCAAGUCGCUGCUGCAGUGGCCCGUGUCCCGCCUGUAGGCUUGUCUGUGGGCUUGCCUGUAGGCUUGCCUGUAGGCUUGCCUGGGUACGCAGCGAUGGAUCGGUUGGGAGCAGGGGUGCGUGGGUUGAUUGGGUCGGUGUGGUGCAUGUGGUGGAUGGACGGAUGGAUGCUGGGUUGGGCCUGAAGACUGAGGCACCAAGGCAGACCAAGGCUGCAUGCCAUUAGUUGCAGGGCGCUGCAAUCACACAAUGUGUGUUUGUUGUCGGUUUGGCUGCGGGAAUCAAAACCUCGGGAAGACACGAUGGAGAAUCGGUGUGACACGGAAAGCAUGAUGUACGGGGACUCCGGAGCAGAGGCACAAGGCCAACAGGAAGGCCAUCACUGGAGGUGCCACCUGCGACGCUUAUGAUUUUGAUGAUAACAUACGCAUACAAGAACUGAUGUGCUAUUGUCCGGCCUCGAGCGCCCCUCUUGCGGGACCUGGAAGGAGUAAGGGCGGAGGCGAGGUCUGUGUGUUUGGGUUGGGCGUGCCCGAGCACGUUCGUGCGCCCUGUGGAACCAUACCCCCAGCCUUCUCGCAAGUUUUGACGGAAACAAGUUUGCCUGCUUAUUGGCAACUUGCCUUGUCGGAAGUGUGGGGCCCUGCAAAGCAUACUUUGUGACGUUGACGAAGCAAGUGGCGCUGUCCUAAUGUAGCCGACUCGUUAGGCGGCUGCGAAUCCUCAGUACGGUAGGUACGCGGAUGCACUUGUAUGGAUGGUGCGACCAGACCGCGACGUUCACAUAAUCAUGGUUUACAAGCUUUCAUUUGCACUGUAAGCGGCAAGUGCA